AUGAGCAAAAAAGGUGUGGAUGUGUGCAUAUCAGCCCAGUGCUGUUGCAAACUGAUAAUGGCAUGUCCUGAAAAACCAGCCCCCGUGGCAGUUGUGAAACCACCCAAUUCUUCCUGCGAACGUGCGAAAACCCACGAAAUGAGUCUAUGCGAUUUCUUAAAAUCACAGUCGGCGCCGGACUUUAUAAAAAACCUGCAGGAAAAUCGUGCUGAGGCGAAAAGUCCAAGGGUUUUGCCACGUGGCCCGGUAAGGCCGGCUGCGGCAAAAGCUCGUAUUUGCAGUGAACAGCCGCCAACCACCGACCGCGGAGUGAAGCAACCUCUGCAAAACUGUCAACAGGAUAUCAAGCAGGAUUCGAUCCAACCCGCGUCCGCCGUCCAUGAAGAUCGUAAUAUUUCACAGAUCAUCAUCAACAUCGGGACUAUAAUAACUCACGGAGUCUGCAAGCACAAUGCAUGUCAGCAGACCGAACCGGAAGUAAAGACCUCCGUCUGUCCGCCAGCCAAACUUCCGACCAGUGUCUGUCCACCGGUCAAGCGUCCGACCUCCAUCUGUCCGCCAGCCGAAAAACCAACCACUUGCUGUCCACCAGUUGAACGUCCGAAAUCCAUAUGUCCACCAGCAGAAAAACCGACUUCUGUCUGUCCACCAGCAGAAAAACCGACUUCUGUCUGUCCACCGGCUGAACGUCCAAUCGCCGUCAUUGGCCCCAAAGCCCGUCCAUCCGUGGAUAGGCCUGUUCCAGUGUCACGGGACCGUUCCUGUCGUAGCAACGCACCGGUUUCUAUUCCAAUCACAGAACAGAAACCUUGUCCAGAACCCACAAUUAAUUUUAAAAUGAACUGUUGUUGUACCUGUCACGUAUAA